CGGAACUGAAAGACUUACACGUGACACGACAUGCGGAAUAAAAAGUUGGCUGGUCAGAAGCAAUGUGAGUGGCAGCAUAGAAGUGUGUGGAUUGGUGGCUUCAACACAAACUAGUUGAAAUGUCAGGAGCUAAACAUAGGAUGCGCAGUAAGAAGAUGAGGAAUCAGCCGAGCAGCGUCACCUACACCACGACGGGACGGGACACCUCGCAGGGCCGUUGGCGUAAUGGAGAAGAAACCGCAUUGUCUGGUCGAAAGCAUGAGCAUUUUGGACAUGCCCGAGGCCACGGCCCCCCACCCUCUGAUGCGGGCAGUCAGUGCACUGACUGGGUGAGGGGGCACUCCGCCAGGGGUGCCAUUCCGGCCCUGCCCAGGUUUAUCACCGCCUCGACCUUUGCUAUGGCCCGAGCAGCGGAGGUGAGCGCCAUGAUGAAGGCUGUAACCAAGACAACGGGCAGCUGCCACGUGUUCGGAGGGCUGCCCAAACACAUGCGGAGGAGAGCCAUGAGUCACAACACGAAGCGACUGCCCCGCCGGCUCAGGGAGGGGGCACAGAAGAUGAUGGAGAAGAGCAAGCAGGCGGGUCAAAAGGAGAGGAAGGACCAGUCGAAGAGGAAGAGUCGCAAGGCCCGCCGGCGCCAUGGCAACCUGCUGCUGGAGUUCAACCGGCGGCAGAGGAAGAACGUGUGGUUGGAGACUCACAUCUGGCACGCCAAGCGCUUCCACAUGGUAAAGCAGUGGGGCUACUGCCUCGGCGACCGGCCCACCUACAAGUGCUACCGCGCCUGCUACAGGGCCAUGAGCCAACACUGCCUCCUGCAGGACCUGUCGUACUACUGCUGCUUGGAGCUGCAGGGACCCGAGGAGGACCUGCUGGCGGCUCUGUCCAGGCUGACGAGCAAGGAGACCGGACCCACGUUUGCCGCAGCACAUUUCCUGUCUGGGAGGAGACAGGGCAGCGCGGUGCUGUACAGAGCGGAUGGGUACCCUGCAGCCCCCCUGGGCCCGGUGCUCUUCCUGUGGAGGCCGAGGACGGAGGCCUCCCCCCACAGGCAGCUGUGGAUCUGGAGUCAUCCCACUCUGAAGCAGGACCUCCUCCCCGAGCUGCAGGCCGUUUGCCAGUGUUCGGAGCCCCUGGCCCCUCCUGUUCCAGUUCCAGUCGCACCUCCGGCUCCAGAUCCAGACCCAGCCCAGACCCCAGAGGAGCCAGAUGGGAAGCAGCCACUGGGAAAGACGAGAAAGAGGGUGGGGGGCCAUCCAGAGGCCCCCAUUCCCACAAAGAAGAUCCUCGGAGAUGGCACCCGCUCCCCGUCUGCUGCUACGUCCUGGAGAUGUGACUCGACGGGCGUCGUCAUGAGCGACCUGACCAUGGAGCUCGUGCGUUACCGGCUGAUUGGCCCUCUCUCUCACAUGAUCCUGACAGACACUCUGACGCCCGCUUCAGCCUGCCAGGCCUCGGAUGGAGCAGAAACAUCCUGCUUUUGGUGGCCAGUGCACUGCAGAGAGGAGAGUCACGUGUCUCUCCACCAGCAACAGACAGCGGCAUUCCAGUUGCUCCAAGGGGUGCCAUCCACAGCUGACAUCCCGGCCGGCUCUGUGCUCGGACUCACCGUCGAUGACCCCAGGCUGACCUUGCCCAGUCAGAGAUGCAGAGCGACCCCGGAUGGCUGUUCGCUGCCAGGUGAUGCUGAGGUUGGAGACCGAGAGGACGAGCAGAAGGCUGUGAUGCUGCAAGGCCUCCCUGAGCAGUGUAGCCAGAGCUCCCUGUGGGAUCGCUCCGUACGGGACGACGUCAGGGAUAACAAGAUAUCAGAGCAGGAGCUGAACCAGAUGAAGAGUGAGCUGCUGGUCCCGGGUUCGAGGCUGCAGGCCACACCCCGACACGGCCGCAUCCCUGUGCUGCUGGUGCAACAGCCUGGGAAGCAGAUGGGCACUGAGAUGCGGUCGUGGGGCGCGGGUUGGGAUCUGCUGCUGCCCAAAGGCUGGGGAAUGGCCUUCUGGGUGCCCCUGGUGUACCGCGGGGUCCGUGUCGGUGGCCAGCAGGAGGCGCUCAAACACUCCCAGAAUAAGGGGAGCCCACACUUCCCACAUGACUUCCCAGACUGCCCAGCGGGGGCUCGGUUCCAGUGCCAGCAGGAGGCCCAGUUCUGCGAGACAUAUAAGAGGCGCCCACCUGCCAAGCGACCCAAUUUCAUAAAGCACGGCAGCCUGGCACCGUUCCUCUGCCCCUGGCAGCAGCUGGCUGAGGAGUGGGAGAUGAUCGUCGGGAAGGGGGGGGCCGGCGCACCCUCGCUGCCGCCAUCCGAGGUCCCUGAUCCACAGCUGCAGGACGUAGCGUCUUCGGCAGAUGACGCCCUCCGGCUAGAAAGAGGAUUUACUGUCCUGAGGAACAGGAAGGCUCUGCAGCAGCUGUCUGCUUGGUGCAGGCCCACCUCAUCUAGGGGUCAGAGGUCACGGAGGCCCGGCCGGUCACGGCAGGCUGAGCAGCCUCUCCAGCCAUUUGCUGCGUCUCUCUCGGCUCUGCACCAGCGCAGCCUGGUGUGGGCGCGCCUGGCGCUGCUGAGAAAGGGCCGCCCUGCGCUCCACGCCAUGAUCUGUGUGCCCGCAGCAGAGGACUUUGUGCUGCUGCGGCAGGAUGCAGCCUGCUGCGGCCCGCAGGAGCCCCGGCACGUCGACCACUUCAAGAGUCGCAUGAAACGGCGCAAGAAGGCAAAAAUGGGCAGUAACUCUUCAAAUAAGCUUGGAAAGAAUCCUGGCCUCACUGUAGGCCAGGACACUGGCUCCGCCCCUGGCCUCACUCUGGGCCUGUGGCCUAGCCCCCUGCCAAGUGUGACCUCCCACUGUUCACGGGUGACCCUUGGCUGGACGACGCAGGGGGACUUCUCCCUCUCGGCAGGUUGCGGGGAAGCCCUGGGCUUGGUCAGCCUGGCAGGCCUGCUUCACAUGUUGGCCGGGCAGCCUGAGGACCUACGCGGCCUGGUGCUGCUCCGUAACCCAGCCUCACUGCAGUACCGCUUUGCCAAGAUCACCAUUGAGGUGUGAGUGCGGGCAGGACCCUCAGGCCGUGCGGGGAGAGAAGGCUGACUGAGCUCGGAGGCGUCUGGCAUGUGUGGGUGAGCCUGUGCCUGCAGAUCAGCAGUGAGAACCACAUAUUUUCUUCUGGAGAAGAUGACAGAUGGUCUGAUGCGAUCUUGGUAUCGUGGAAGAUGUAAACAAGCCAUAACAUUUGCUUAGGAAAUUUUGCAUUGCCUCAAGAAGAAGGUACUUGAAAGCAUACAGACAUACGCACGGUUUACGGAAACACUUGGUUUCUGCGUUUUACUCUGUUCCUGCCUUAUCGAUAUGUUAUUGACAACUUUGGUAGGAUAUGCCAGUAUGAUCAAAAAAUAAUUUUAGUUACUGCGAAUUUUGCUAAUGCAAAGAAAUCAUUGGUCUGUGAAAUGCUACCCUUGGAGAGAUUAUUUUUUGAAGAACAUUUGGUGCAGUGUUAUGGCCAGGAAAUGUUUAUUCUAAAUAAAUACUAAUCAACCACAAGUCAAA